AAAGAAGCAGCAGAAGAAGAAAAAAAGAAAAACAAACAAGCGGAAGCGGUAGUUACAAUCUGAAUGUGAAAUGUUCGGCAAAUAUAAACCUGUGAAACUUAGGAGGUUUAAAGGAGACACAAAGUACGGACUUGCGGCAAAAGAUGUAAAGGAGUUGCUUCAGAAAGGUUGUAAGCUAUUACAGGUGCGUCUUCCUGGGGCACAUGUUUGUUUGUAUUCUGAUGGGACAAAAGUAACGGAGAAAUUUUUCUCGACUUUACCAGACAACACUGAACUUGUCCUUCUCUCCGAAGAUCAGACAUGGAGUGGAGCCGUUUGUGACAUCGGUCAGUUACUGAGCACAGACCGGUACAGUGAGGACCUCAUUAAAGCAGCAAGAGGCUUUCUCCAUGAUGAGAAUUCUCCGAAGAGGCGGAAAAUACUGACUGACCUGCUGCUGAACCUGGAUGACAGGUCCGAGCUGGAGAGCAGAGAGGAAGAUGAAGACUGGUUCCAAGGCAUCGAUGCCCGAUUCAAGACAAAAUCUGCCUACAUGAAGUUCAACUGUGAGAGCCGGAUACGAGGCUACAUUAAAGAGGUGGAAAUGGCCUCUAAAUCCAUACAAAAAGCUAAAGUGAGGGCAGAGUUUGAAAAAACAUCAAAGUGCCUGGCAGAAAUGCUGAAAACAGCCAAGUACAACGGCUGCUACUUUGACAGGACUGAAAAGGAGCCUGAUCGUCUCUGUACUCAGGAAGGAUGGUUUACGUGUCAGGGAUCAUUUGACCAGAAUAUGUGUAAGUCUCUCCACUCCAUCAACCCCUACGGCAGCCGGGAGAGCAGGAUCGUCUUCAGCACAUGGAACCUGGACCACAGGAUAGAAAAGAAGAGGACAAUAGUUCCCACACUGCUGGAUGCCCUGGAGAACCACAAGAGCAUUGAAAUCAACCUAAGCUACUUCUAUGGCCUGCUGUUCACCAGGGAGAACCUGAAGCUGGUUCACAUCGUGUGCCACAAGAAAGGAGCACACAACCUGUCGUGCAACAACAAGCAGAUAUUCAGAAAAGCCAGUGAAAUUCAAAAAGGAAAUGAGAAGGCCAAAGGGAAGAGGAGGCGCUUAUUGUGAACAUUUUUAAAUAACCUUUUAUUCAAAUGUGAAAUUUGUAUGAUAAAAUGUAUUGCACAAGGGAAUUUUAAGAAUAAUUACCUCAGUGAUUUAGUUUCAGCUGAUAUUGUAUUAUGAUCAUAAGAAGCUUUUUUGUUUUGGAUCUCUUGAUGUUCUCUUGAUGUUGCAGAGCUUUAAUCUUUAAUAUUACACAUCAUGCAAUUCCCAAUUACAACCAAUAAGUGCUCUUAAAAUACUCUUACUCUGACAUUUCCUUUUGUAUGUGUUCAGUUCAAACAAUUUCAAUUUUAGUAUUAUUUUCUGAGUUGUGUAGAUUUAUGAGUAAGUACAGUUGCAGUGAUCUGAGGAUGUUCGUGUCAGGAGACGGUCUCUGGUGGAACAGAGGAUUUAAGGUUCAGGAUGGUUUAAGGACGCGGACACCAACACUUCUUUGACAUCUGCCACAAUUUUGCUCAUUUAUUAAUAAAGAUUUCAAAUGAACUUUACCAGAGAAUGGGCCUGAAGGGGGAUAUUCGUCUGAAGGAAAUGUUUGUAUUAGGUUAAAACUGUUCAAUAUGCACUGGAGGGAAGAUCAUGUGUACAUGAUAAAUAUGUUUUCUUAAUCUGAACAAACAGUGUCUGUGAUGUAAAACAAGCUUAAAUCUAAAAGGAACAAGAUACAAAUACAUAAUAAUAUCAUAAUGAAGCUCUUGUCUCCAGAUACUGUCCAAAAGAAGAAAACGAUAAGAAAAAAAAGAUAAGGACUGAAUAAUGAAAAUAUCUCAAAUCUAGCCUGUGUCACUUUAAUUUCAAAACGUCCCAGCAUUUUUAUUUAUAUCAGAACCAGCCAGUGUAAAAACAGAGGAAAAUGGCCUUUAUAUGUAGGUUAAUAGGAAUAAAAGGAGUGAGAAAACAUUAAAUAGGAGUCAUUAGACAUGCAGCUGAACUGGUGGGUUUGUUUCCCUGACAAGACAAAGUGAAUUUAAAGCUUGGGUGAGUACGUGUCAGGUCUAAUGUGAUUUUAAUUCCAGUUGUGUGUGACUUGGCUAAAUUAGUGAGCACAGACUAGCAGACCAUCACACGUCUGCCUCAUUAAACUCAGGAGGCAACUCCUGUCUUAUGGCGUCUAAAAUACUGACUGACCUGCUGAAUCUGAAGGACAGGGAGGGAUGAAGACUGUCUGGGUAACUCCUGCACAGACACUGUCCCAUCUUGUCUGAUUAAUCAAUGCACAUGAUCAUCACAGAAGUAAAGAACCAGUUAUAUGUUUAAACAUGUCAUUAAAAAUGUAACUUCUGUGUGGAUGUUUCACAUUACUCUGACUUUCUGCUG